ACAGCGGAGUGGCGUCAUAGCAUCUGCAGCGCAUUUAGAUGAAAGGGAAUGUUGAGGGCUGUGCUCAACUUCAAACCCAAGCCUGGCAUCAAACAGCGAACCCCCAGAUAAACCAAACAAACAGACCAGGGAUCGCAUAGAGGGAGGCGGCGCUGGAAGCGCAUUUCAAAGCAGAAUAACAACACAACCAGAUCUCGACGCCUUGCACUUUGCAAACUCUUUGCAUUUCCACAUUUUAAUGAGCCCUCUAUCUUGUAUGCAAUUGUAUCGACAUGUGAGGUUAUUGUCAUAUGAUCAUAAUGACCUGUUUGUAGCAGCAGUGUCCACCCUGUGGUUGCGCUUUGAUGUAGGCCUAGUGGCCGAUCAGAGAUCAGAUUACAUGCUUUAGAUCGCAGCUAUUCCUGCCUUUGAUCUCCGCUCUGAUUUUGUCUUCAAUCCGGUGAUUCGCCUGGACUGGAGUAGCGCAGUUGAGCAAAGAGCACAUCGCAUGGCUGGAAUGGUCUGGAGACCUAUGCAGAACGCACAGGAGUGGAUAUCUGUCUGAAAUUACACUCAUUCAGGCAGGGAAAGGACAACUAAAGAACCCAUCAGACUACAGCAGCACAUACCAGAGUCAUUCUGCAGUAGCCCCUCAAAAUGGCCUUGACACCUGGGCACAUUUGGUUAUUUCUACUGACGUUACAUGUAAUAUACUCAUCUCUGGUUCCUGUAACGGCGGAGGAGGAGACCAGUGAAUGCAGGGAACAGGAGUACAAGGAUCAGCUUGGGAACUGUAAACCCUGCAAGCAGUGCGACGCCGGGCAGGAGCUAUCAAAGGAAUGUGGCUUUGGUUACGGAGAGGAUGCCCGGUGCGUGUCCUGCAGAAGCAACCGCUACAAAGAGGACCGGAGCCUGCAGAAGUGCAAGCCCUGCCUGGACUGUGGCCUGAACAACCGCUUCCAGAAGGGCAACUGUUCCACCACCAGCAAUGCUGUGUGCGGAGACUGUCUGCCCGGGUUUUACAGGAAAACUAAGCUGAGCGGAUUCCAAGAUAUGGAGUGCAUACCAUGUGGGGACCGUCCACCUCCAUAUGAGCCACACUGCAGCGGGCGGGUGAACCUGGUCCCCAUCCCCCCGGUGGUGACCAGCCCUCGGGACAUGGCCCUGGCAGCAGUCAUCUGCAGCGCUCUGGCCACCGUGCUGCUGGCCCUACUCAUCCUCUGUGUCAUCUACUUCAAGAGACAGCUGCUGGAGAAGAAGCCCAGCGCAUCUCUAAGGUCCCAGGAUGGUCCAUACAGUGGAGCAGAGUUGUCGUGCCUGGACCGACGGAGGCUCCAUGAUUUCCGUCAGCACCCAUGCUGCCAAUGUCACCACGGGCCAGGCCACACCUGUGGCCCAGUGCACCUGAUCCCCUCCCUGUGCUAUGAUGAAAGCUGCAGUUUGGGCCGAAGCAGAGACACCAGCCCCUUCCAGUCCCAGAUCAGCCUUAACGAGGGAUGUGGCGUGAACCCCUGUGAGGAGAAUGUUCUGGCCUAUCUGAAAGCCCAUCCAGAGCCCUGCAUCUCCAGAGAGGCUGGCGAGACAUGGCUGCUCAUGCAGAACCCCGACUGUGCCGAAAGCUUGGGAUCACCCUGCUGCAACCGAGAGGAAGACGAGGAAGAAGAGGAGGAGGGGUGCAGGUCAAGUGAGGACACACAGGAGAAAUCAACUGAACAGGCUAGACAAAGCCAGGAGAAGACUGGUGCCCUGACAGAGGUCCUCCUUCCAAAGCAUCAGCCAUCUUCACUGGAAGGAUGACAUGGAUUUAUUUGGCUCGUGUUCCACCCUUGAACCGCCCUGGACCUGAAAACAGUCCAGAAAGAUCCCGUUUCAGAUUACACUAGCCCACAGACCAAUUCCCAAAAAGUGUGUGGUACACAAUCUCUUUCAAGCGGUUUGUGACCCACAACAUCUGAAGGGACUAUGUACAGUGCUGUGAAAAAGUAUUUGCCCCCUUUCUAAUUUUGCAUAAUUUUUAUACUAAAUGUUAUCAGAUCUUCAACCAAAACCCAAUAUUAGAUAAAGGGAACCUAAGUGAACAAAUAACACAGCAAUCACAUACUUAUUUCAUAAAUAAAGUUAUGCAACACCCAAUGCCCCUGUGUACAGCAAAGCAUCCCCAAACUAUCACACUACCACCACCAUGCUUGACCGUUGGUAUAAGGUUCUUACUGUGAAAUGCAGCGUUUGGUUUUUACCAGGCAUAAUGGGACCGAUGUUGUCUAAAAAGUUAUACUUUUGACUGAUCUGUCCAGAGAACAAGAGUCUUGAUGAUCAUCCAGGUGCUUCUUAGCAAACUUGAGUCAACUUUUUGGACAAGAUGGGUUCCAUUAUGUCUGGCGAAAACCAAACACUGCAUUCCACAGUAAGAACCUCAUACCAACUGUGUUCGUAAUUUGAUGGUUUGGGAUGCUUUGCUGCCUCAGGACAUGGGCGACUUGCCUUAACAGAAGGAACCAUGAAUUCUGUUCCGUAUCAGAGAAUUCUACAGGAGAAUGUCAGGUCAUCCAUCUGUGAGCUGAAGCUGCAGCGCAGCUGGGUCAUGCAGCAAGACAAUGAUCCAAAACACACUAUCAAGUCCACAUGAAAAUGGUUAGAAAGCAACAAAUUUGAAGUUUUGGAAUGGCCUAGUCAAAGUCCAGACCUAAUCCCAAUUGAGAUGUUGUGGCAGGACUUGAAACGAGCAGUUCAUGCUUGAAAACCCACAAAUGUCGCUGAGUUAAAGCAGUUAUGCCUGCAGAAGUGGGCCCAAAUUCCUCCACAGCGUUGUGAGAGACUGAUCAACAAAUAAAGGAAGCAUUUGGUUGCAGUCAUGUGGCACAACCAGUUAUUGAGUAUAAGGGGCAAUUACGUUUUCACACAGGGGAAUUGGGUGUUGCAUAACUUUGUUAAUUACAUUUAAAAAAGUAUCAUUUUUUUGUUAAUUGUAAAUUCAGGUUCCCUUUAUCUAAUAUUGGGUUUUGGUUGAAGAUCUCAUAAUAUUCCGUAUAAAAAAUAUGCACAAAUGUAGAAAAUCAAAAAGGGGGCAAAUACCUUUUCACAGCACUGCAAAUAAAUGCUAACAAAUGACUUCACGGCAAAAUAAAGCACAAGAGCAGAGACUGAAAAGAAAUCUAUGCACAACGCGAGGUUGCCGGGCCAGAGGCUGAUGUAAUGAAGUUGAACGCAUGCAAAAUGAGUGUUGACUGGUACAAAGUAAAUAGAUGCCUUCCCCUUUGUUUCUGAUGUCUGCUUAAGUCGGUGACUAGCAGAAUCGGUACCACAGUGUGACUGUGACUAUUGAUGUGUUAUGUCAUGAAGUCGCUGUUACAAGUGAAUAACUGGUAACGUCUCCUUAUUAAAGGGCGUAAGAGAAGCAUGUCAAAAUGUACAUCUGUGAUUUCUGGUGCACAUGGAAGACAAACUAGAUAAUACUGAACAAGUUAAGACAAUGAGGAAUGUUGUGUGUGAUAUCAAAUUUGUUGUAGAUAUUGUAAAAUAGAAAAUAGGUUAAUAUUUUUGAAAUGUAGACAUGACUGACUAAUGACAAAUAUGCCUGCUUUUUUCAGUUGUAGUAUUGGUGGUUGUGCAUAUACACUUUCAUUUGAUAUAUUUGUAAAUAAACCACUUCAACAAGACAAA